AUGACGCCCGCAGAGAAUUCUCCUCUGCUGCCCCAGCAUCAGGACCCAGCCAAUACGUCACCACGGGCGAACCGGCAGCCGCGAUCGGUAUCAUUCAAUCCCCUCACGCAAAUUAGCACCUACGGCAGCACUGCGUCUGCUUCUGAUCCAACCUUCCGGCCCUUGCAAACGGGUUCACCUCCCAUCCAGAAUGUCAAUGCCCAGGCCCAGCGUCCAGGCAGUCAGCCCAUGCUCUCGGCACUGAACAGCAAACUUCGUCGUCGCAAUAGCCAUGGAGCUCCCUUCAAUAAUUUGUCGAACCCAGCACACCCAGCUGCCAAGAUUGGCCCCCAGCGAACAACAAAGAAAGCGCAGAAGCUUAAACUGCUCCCGGAUCCUGUGACAGAGGAGGAGGAAGGGUCUGAUGGAGACUUCCCCCGGGAUGUCUACUCACAAAUUACACGAAUCAAGGAUCCCGCCGCACGAAGCCAUGCUGCACGACUUGGCAAGGCCGACCGCGAUCGCAUACCUCGAGUGACAGCUUACUGCACGGCCAAUUCUUAUCGCCUUGAAGGCGUCAUCAAAUUCCUGAAGUCACGAAGCAAGACUCGUGGAGCCAAUCCCAAGCUUUACGAUGAAUGCGUUUACUCGCCUUUUGAUUACCAGUACGAAGAGAAGAAAAACGGGGUUCGGUUCUUCCAGGACCCUACCGGCAACGGUCACCCCGAAAGAAGACCUAGCGAGAGGCGCUAUUCGGACAGCGCGGUUGAAGUCGAAGACAAUAAAAAGAGUCGCAGAGAUGAUUUGAUCGAUUUACACGAGGAGGCUGGUCACUCACUCGAUCACACCGAACAAGCAGUUGUCCAAACCACCCCCGACAUUGACACCACGAUCCACACACCCGAGGUGUUCCUCUUCGACUAUGGCACUGUUGUAAUAUGGGGCAUGUCACCGGCUCAGGAAUCAAGAUUCCUCUCUGAUAUCUCGAAGUUUGCGACCCAGAUCUUAAGUCCCGACGACACGCAAAUCGAAAACUUCAAUUUCUACUAUGCGCGCGAGUACCAGGCCCGCAUAUACAACGAUUUCAUCUCGCUGCGCGAUCCCCGAAACCAUAUGAUCAAGCUCGCGAUCUCUCACGCCUUAGCGCAAUCAGUGAAGACUUCUCUUUUCGAAGACCUCGUCUCUGAGACCAUCACCGAUACCGCACCGCUGCCCGCUCAGAUUGCGCAGACUGGUAGCGUCAAUCUCACUCGCCGACAAAUUAACAUGCAGAUCGGAGAGCUUUUCAUUCUGCGUAUCAACAUCCAUUUGCAGGGAUCUGUCCUUGAUAGUCCGGAACUUUUCUGGGCAGAGCCGCAGCUGGAACCUGUCUACCAGGCAGUCCGAAGCUACUUGGAGAUGGACCAGCGUGUCAGUUUACUGACGGAGCGAUUGGACGUUAUUGCUGAUCUGCUCGCGGUGCUGAAGGAUCAAUUAACCCAUCGCCAUGGCGAAUAUCUCGAAUGGAUUGUAAUUGUCCUGAUCGCGGCGGAGAUUCUUGUCGCUGCUAUCAACAUCGUCGUCGACCUCUACGCUGGAGUUGAUUAA